AUGCCCACUGAGAGCGGCUGUAAGAGUAUGGAGUCAAAGAUGGCGGGGGAGAAGGUUGUGGGGGCGACUCAGCAUGGUUGUGGGCGUGCUCCUGAGGGUGCACUUGAUGUCGGAGGCCAAGGAAUGGGCUUGGGUGAUCAAACACGCCCACAUGGGGCAGGGCUGGCUCACGGUGAGUUGAGGCUAUUGGUAGCGGAGCCGCAAGAGGUGGUCAGCGAUGCAAGUGAUGACGGGGAAGAGGUUGAAUUGCCUCUGGUGGCAGGAAACCUGUCGCUAAGGAUGGUGGCCAUGGGCAAGCGGGAUUCAGCUUCCACGAUGGAGGAGUUAAACAUUGAGUCCCUCGAUUGGAAGGACAAGCGAGGAACGAAAGGGAAGGGACUGCGUGCUCGAUUCCAAUCGGAUAGGCAGCUACGGUCCUCAAUCUUUCUCAAGAACUCUUUCCAGGUAUUACUGGUGGGGAACUCCAAUCAGCACAUUUCACUGUCUAUUUCCCACCCGUGGUUACUUGGGCCCAUGAUUUUUUCUUUUGUGCUUGCUAUGUGCACGAUUGAGGGACGACAGGAGUUAUGGGCAAAUCUUUUGUCUGAUAAACCUCAAGCCCUGCCUUGGUGUAUUGGGGGUGAUUUUAACGUUAUUGUGGAUGCUACUGAAAAACGAGGUGGUCGGCCAUUCGCGAUGGCAGAAGGGGUUGAUUUUUUGGCUUUCAUGGAAGAGGCCGAGGUAUUUGAUGCUGGGUUUUCCGGGUCGAGUUUCACAUGGUGCAAUAAUCGGAGGGGGAGAACCAGGAUUUGGAAGAGACUAUAUCAGUUUCACAUUAAUGGGGAGUCUGCAGAUUUGGCCUCGGCGAUUUCAGUAGUUCACUUAGCACGGCACCCAUCUGAUCAUGCUCCGCUGAAAAUUUCUUUUGCUAUGAGGCUGGACAACGGGCCACGACCUUUCCGAUUUCUGAAUUGGAACAAGCAGCAUUUUGGCAAUGUGGGCACCACUGUUAGGGAGGCUGAGGCCAGGCUAGGAAAGGUAGAGGGUAACGCGGUCAAUUCUAAGUUGGAGGAGGAUACUGAGGAGCUGCAUAGGGCACAGGCAGACCUUAACAGGGUGCUGGCAAUUGAGAAGCAAUUCUGGAGGCAAAAAGCACGGGUUAAAUGGCUUAAUUGUGGGGAUCGGAAUACACGAUUUUUCCAGGCAGUGGUCAAGCAAAGGCGAGUACAAGGAGCGAUACAUAGGGUGAAAGAUUCAACUGAGACGUGGGUGGACAAGGAUAACGACAUAGCAAAAGCAGCCAUCGAGUAUUUUUUGGACCUCUUCUCGAGGUCGAUGGAUUCUAGGACUGGGGGAUUGAUGCAUCUGAUCCCGAAAGUGGUAAAAGGCGAGGAGAAUGAACUACUGGCAGCAGUGUCUAACAUAGAGGAGGUUCGUCGCCUGGUGUGCACCAUGGACGAGGAUAGUGCUGCGGGGCUGGAUGGUUUUACAGGCAAGUUCUUUUCCUUUGCGUGGGAUGUUAUUGCUCAGGACGUGCACAGAGCGAUAGCGAGUUUCUUCUGUAGAAGUGAGCUAUCGAGGUUCAUCACGUCCACUUCAAUUGUGUUGCUGCCUAAGGUUUUGAGCCCUCAGGACUUCUCUAAAUUUAGACCGAUCAGCCUUUGCAAUUUCUUCAAUAAAUUGCUGUCCAGGAUCUUGGAGUUGAUGUCAGCUAUAGGCAAGAAGGCAAGAGGGGGGAAUGUAGCCCUAAAAUUGGACAUGACUAAGGCUUACAAUCGGAUGCCGUGGCGGUAUAUUGUCACCAUGUUGCGUGCUUUUGGGUUUUGCGAGCAGUUUAUUGACAUGGUUUGGAGGCUCAUUUCGAACGUUUGGUUCUCUAUUAUCAUUAAUGGGACUGCUCACGGGUACUUCAAGUCUAACAGGGGGCUACGACGGGGGGAUCUGUUAUCUCCAGUGCUGUUCAUUCGGAGAUGCUAUCGCGAGGGUUAA